CCCGCCGCCAUUUUCCAUGUUAUGCUCCGUUAGCAUACUCCGUCAUUAUUAUUAUUUUUUAUAUAUGCAGCAGUUGCUCUAUUGUUUCUAAUUACUCGGGUUGUUUUGUUUAGUGUGUGGGGGACAGUAUUCUCCAGGUGUUAUCCAGGGGACGUCCUGUAAAAGCAGCCAUGUAUAUUAAACAGGUCAUUAUCCAGGGGUUCAGAAGUUAUAGGGAUCAAACUGUUGUGGAUCCAUUUAGUCCCAAGCACAAUGUGAUCGUCGGCAGAAACGGAUCUGGAAAAAGUAACUUUUUCUAUGCUAUCCAGUUUGUGCUCAGCGAUGAAUUCAGCCACCUGCGACCCGAACAGCGCCUGGCCCUGCUUCAUGAAGGAACUGGUCCACGUGUCAUUUCAGCUUUUGUGGAGAUUAUAUUUGAUAACUCCGACAACCGGCUGCCGAUCGACAAAGAGGAGGUUUCCCUUCGCCGUGUCAUCGGCGCAAAGAAGGACCAGUACUUCUUGGACAAGAAGAUGGUGACUAAGAAUGACGUCAUGAACCUUCUGGAGAGCGCCGGCUUCUCUCGCAGUAACCCGUACUACAUUGUCAAGCAGGGAAAAAUCAACCAAAUGGCCACAGCGCCCGAUUCUCAGCGACUGAAGCUUCUGAGAGAGGUGGCAGGAACGCGAGUGUACGACGAACGAAAGGAGGAGAGUAUUUCUCUCAUGAAGGAGACGGAGGGAAAGCGAGAGAAGAUCAAUGAGCUGCUGAAGUACAUCGAGGAGCGUCUGCAUACCCUGGAGGAUGAGAAGGAGGAGCUGGCUCAGUACCAGAAGUGGGACAAGAUGAGGAGGGCUCUGGAGUACACCAUUUACAACCAGGAGCUGAAUGAAACUCGAGCCAAACUAGAUGAGUUGUCAAGCAAGAGAGAGACCUGUGGAGACAAAUCCAGACAACUGCGUGAUGCUCAGCAAGACGCCCGGGACAAAGUAGAGGAGACGGAGCGCGUUGUGCGCGAGCUCAAGUCCAAGGUCUCUGCCAUGAAGGAGGAGAGAGAGCAACUGUCGGCGGAGCGCCAGGAGCAGAUCAAGCAGAGGACCAAGCUGGAGCUGAAGGCCAAGGACCUGCAGGAUGAGCUGGCAGGCAACAGCGAACAGAGGAAACGGCUGCUGAAGGAGCGUCAGAAGCUGCUGGAGAAGAUCGAGGAGAAGCAGAAGGAGCUUCAGGAGACGGAACCCAAAUUCAACAUGGUGAAGGAAAAGGAGGAGCGUGGCAUCUCUAGACUGGCUCAAGCUACCCAAGAGAGGACUGACCUGUAUGCCAAGCAGGGCCGCGGCAGUCAGUUCACCUCCAAGGAAGAGAGAGACAAGUGGAUCAAGAAGGAGUUGAAGUCACUGGACCAGGCCAUAAAUGACAAAAAGAGGCAGAUUGCAGCCAUCCACAAAGACCUGGAGGACACAGAGAUGAACAAGGAGAAGAACCUGGAGCAGUACAACAAACUUGAUCAAGAUUUAAAUGAGGUGAAGACCCGGGUUGAAGAGCUGGACAAAAAGUAUUAUGAAGUGAAAAACAAGAAAGAUGAACUCCAGAGUGAAAGAAACUACCUGUGGCGAGAGGAGAACGCAGAGCAACAGGCCCUGGCAGCCAAGCGAGAGGACCUGGAGAAGAAGCAGCAGCUCCUCCGCGCGGCUACAGGCAAGGCCAUUCUGAACGGUAUCGACAGCAUAAACAAAGUUUUGGAGCAUUUCAGGAGGAAGGGGAUUAACCAGCAUGUCAUCAAUGGUUACCAUGGCAUUGUCAUGAAUAAUUUUGAGUGCGAGCCAGCUUUUUACACCUGCGUGGAAGUGACAGCAGGGACACGACUGUUUUACCACAUUGUGGAAACGGACGAAGUGAGCACAAAAAUCCUCAUGGAGUUUAACAAAAUGAACUUACCUGGAGAAGUGACCUUCCUUCCACUCAGCAAGCUGGACGUCAGAGACACCGCCUACCCAGAAACCAAUGACGCCAUCCCUAUGAUCAGCAAGCUGCGCUACAGUCCAAACUUUGACAAGGCCUUUAAGCACGUGUUUGGGAAGACGCUGAUUUGUCGCAGCAUGGAGGUUUCCACGCAGCUGGCCCGAGCGUUCACCAUGGACUGUAUAACUCUGGAGGGAGACCAGGUGAGCCACAGAGGAGCGCUGACCGGAGGUUACUAUGACACCAGGAAGUCUCGCCUGGAGCUGCAGAAGGACAUGAGAAAGGCCGAGGAGGAGCUGGCCGAGCUGGAGGCCAAGCUCAACGAGAACCUGCGGCGGAAUAUCGAACGAAUCAACAACGAGAUCGACCAGCUGAUGAACCAGAUGCAGCAGAUCGAGACGCAGCAGAGGAAGUUCAAGGCCUCCAGGGACAGCAUCCUGUCAGAGAUGAAGAUGCUGAAGGAGAAGAGGCAGCAGUCUGAGAAGACCUUCAUGCCCAAGCAACGCAGCCUCCAGAGCCUGGAGGCCAGCCUCCACGCCAUGGAGUCGACCCGGGAGUCGCUGAAGGCCGAGCUCGGCACCGACCUCCUCUCCCAGCUCAGCCUGGAGGACCAGAGGCGCGUCGACGACCUCAACGACGAGAUCCGUCAGCUACAGCAGGACAACAGGCAGCUGUUAAACGAGAGGAUCAAGCUGGAGGGAAUCAUGACCCGAGUGGAAACGUAUCUCAACGAGAACCUGAGGAAACGUCUUGAUCAAGUCGAACAGGAGCUGAAUGAGCUGCGUGAGACAGAGGGCGGCACGGUUCUCACAGCGACCACGUCUGAGCUCGACGGCAUCAACAAACGAGUUAAAGAGACUUUGGCUCGAUCAGACGACCUGGACGGUCUCAUCGACAAGACGGAAGCGGAGAUCAAGGACCAUAUAAAGAGCAUGGAGCGGUGGAAGAACAUCGAGAAGGAGCAGAACGACGCCAUCAACCACGACACCAAGGAGCUGGAGAAAAUGACCAACAGGCAGGGCAUGCUGCUCAAGAAGAAGGAGGAGUGCAUGAAGAAGAUUAGAGAACUGGGCUCCCUGCCUCAGGAAGCCUUUGAGAAGUACCAGACCCUCACACUCAAACAGCUGUUCAGGAAGCUGGAGCAGUGCAACACGGAGCUGAAGAAGUACAGCCACGUCAACAAGAAGGCCCUGGAUCAGUUCGUCAACUUCUCCGAGCAGAAGGAGAAGCUAAUCAAGCGUCAGGAUGAGCUGGAUCGUGGCUACAAAUCCAUCAUGGAGCUCAUGAACGUGUUGGAGCUGCGCAAAUACGAGGCCAUCCAGCUCACCUUUAAGCAGGUGUCGAAAAACUUCAGCGAGGUUUUCCAGAAACUCGUCCCGGGAGGCAAAGCCACGCUGGUGAUGAAGAAGGGCGACGCCGAAGGCAGCCAGUCGCAGGACGAGGGCGAGGGGGGAGAAGGCAGCGAGAGGGGAUCCGGAUCCCAGAGCAGCGUUCCUUCGGUGGACCAGUUCACAGGAGUCGGCAUCAGAGUGUCGUUCACGGGGAAGCAGGGGGAGAUGAGGGAGAUGCAGCAGCUGUCCGGAGGUCAGAAGUCUCUGGUGGCUCUGGCUCUGAUUUUUGCCAUCCAGAAGUGCGACCCGGCUCCUUUCUACUUGUUCGAUGAGAUCGACCAGGCCCUGGACGCCCAGCACAGGAAGGCUGUGUCAGACAUGAUUGUGGAGCUGGCCGGCCACGCUCAGUUCAUCACCACCACCUUCAGGCCGGAGCUGCUGGAGUCGGCAGACAAGUUCUACGGAGUCAAAUUCAGGAACAAGGUGAGUCACAUCGAUGUGAUCACAGCGGAGCAGGCCAAGGACUUUGUGGAGGACGACACCACCCAUGGUUAACGCGCUCCGCCUCUGACGUCGAGGGCCACACACACACACACACACACACACACACACACACACACACACACACACACACACACACACACACACACACACACACACACACAGAUAAUCCACCAUGUCUGCAGACUGUUGUUUUUACUUUUUACUUCUGUUCGAGGUUAAACUCUGAAAAUGUUUCGCCUCUCACAGUCGGAGUCAAGACGUAUUAAAAUCCCGAAAUGCAUAAAUGAGGAGGAGGAGAGACAAAUCAAAGAAAUCUGAGUGAUGGGCAUUUGUUCGUUCGUUCGAUCCCUGAACCCAGACUUCACACUGGACCUCCAACUACAUAAAGUUUAGUUGCUUUUUACAUAGCAAGCUCUUUGAGUUUGUGUCGCUGUAUUACAUUUUCAAACAUUGAAGCUGACGGUGGAUGAGGUAGAGACAGAAAACGGCUCCUCUUUUGUACAUACAAAUCUGUUUUGCUACGACUUGAGUUAAAAUGUUGCUUCUAAAGUUUGUGAGAAGAGUGGCGGGAGGUUCAGCUUGUUUUCGGUGCCAGCGAUGGAACAACAACGUUCAUAUACAUUCAUAUUUUCUAAAUUUCUGUAACAUAUACUGCUUGUACUCUUGAAACAAUGAUUGUUAGUGUUUAGAUUGUUAUACCAUACCCUGGUUGUUACUGUAUUGUGUGACUUCUUGCUUUAGGUCAGUGGAAUUACAGUUUAUAUUCCUCUUUGUCUAAUUUCCCCGUCUGGACUGAAGUUAGCCACCGGAGUCGCUGUCUAAGCAGCGGGAGGGUUUUGGUAAAGCAGCCUGUUAAUACCGCACCAAGUCCAACUUUUCCUAUUUUUAUUGGGAAUAAACGUCUCAUUAGUUUUACUUUUAUUUCCCAGUCUGAUUUUGAAAUGUUCUGUUUUUUUACGCUAUUGAAAAAGCUUAUAAAAAUAAUAAAAGGUUUUAAAACAA